GGGCGCGAUGGCGGGCCGCCUGCUCAGGAAGCGGGCGCGGGAGGCGCUGCUGGUGCUGGGGAGCGGCGGGCUGCUGGCGGCCUCCUACCUGACGGCGGCGGGGGACGAGCGCUUCUACGCGGAGCGGCUGAUGCCGGCGCUGCGGCGGCUGGCGGGGGCGGAGGCGGCGCACGGGCUGGCCCUCCGCUGCGCCGCCCUCGGACUCCUGCCCCGGGCGCCCCACCAGGACCCCCAGACACUCGAAGUACGUGUCUUUGGACACAGGUUUCGAAAUCCAGUCGGAAUGGCCGCGGGAUUCGACAAAAAUGGGGAAGCUGUGGAUGGGCUUUACAGAAUGGGCUUUGGGUUUGUGGAGGUUGGAAGCGUCACUCCGAAACCUCAGGAGGGAAACCCCAGACCCAGAGUCUUCCGGCUCCCAGAGGACCAGGCUGUCAUUAACAGAUAUGGAUUUAACAGCCACGGACUCUCAGUGGUGGAGCACAGGCUACGGGCCCGGCAGCAAAAACAGAUCAAGCUCACAGAAGAUGGCAUGCCGUUGGGAAUAAAUUUAGGGAAGAAUAAGAGCUCACAGGAUGCCGCAUCCGAUUAUGCAGAAGGGGUUCGGGCGCUGGGUCCGUUAGCGGAUUACUUAGUCGUGAACGUAUCCAGCCCUAAUACAGCUGGGUUGCGUGACCUUCAGGGUAAAGCCGAGCUGCGUAAUCUGUUGACUAAGGUGCUGAAGGAGAGGGACAGCUUAAAGGUCAAGUGUAAGCCGGCUGUGCUGGUGAAGAUUGCCCCAGACCUGUCAGCCCAGGACAAAAAGGAUAUCGCUAGUGUUGUAAGAGAGUUGGGCAUUGACGGGUUGAUCGUCACCAACACCACAGUCAGCCGUCCGGCCGGCCUCCAGAGCGCCCUGCGGUCCGAAACCGGAGGCUUGAGUGGGAAGCCCCUCCGAGCUCUGGCAACUCAGACUGUUAGUGAGAUGUAUUCUCUCACGCAAGGCCAGGUCCCCAUCAUCGGAGUCGGUGGGAUCAGCAGCGGGCGGGAUGCGUUGGAGAAGAUCCGUGCGGGCGCCUCCCUGGUGCAGAUCUACACCGCGCUGACCUAUCAGGGUCCACCUGUGGUCAAGGCAGUGAAACGGGAACUGGAGGCCCUUCUCAAAGAGCAGGGUUUUAACAGCGUCACAGAUGCUAUCGGAGCAGACCAUAGGAAGUGAGGAUACUAUCCUGCGGCCUGCGACCUUCCGCUGUGUGCCUUUCCAUUUGGAUUACGGCCAGCCAAGACCCCCCUUCCCCCCGUCCCACCUCCCCAGAUCGAGUCCUUUCCUUGGGCCGGUGAUGGACAAUCAUGAGGAUAACUAAAGUCAUCUUUCAGCUGUGAUCUGCCCCACCUAUAAAGUACAGUCAUGACUCUAGAUUCAAAUGCCGACAUCUUUCGGUAUGGACAUCAGAAAUAUUUAAAAAAAAAAAAAAAAUAAUAGAUUUUGAAAAAUUUA